GGGGCCUCGUGUUGACCCCUCUGUGUGACCGUCUCUGCUCUGUGUUUCAGGCGAUGCUGGGAAUCUUCUUCAGUGCGAAGUCGGCCGUGUUGAUCGAGGACGUCCCGUUCACUGAAGACGACAUUCGUAACGAUAAAGUCCCUCCUCAAAACGUCUACGCUCUCUAUAACCAGGUCGGCAUCAACUGCUUCAUUGCCGCCGCCAUCUACGUGGCUGUGGGCGCCGUCUCGCUCUGCCAGGUGCGACUCAACAAGCGCCAGGAGUACAUGGUCACAUAGAGCUGUGGCGAGGAGCUGGGCCUGACCUCCCCAUAGCGUCAGUCUGUUAUUUAUUUUCAAAGUAAAAGCUUCCGUGUGUUUGUUGUGAUGUUUGUUGUUGAAUGUCAUCAUUCCUGUAAAGAUUCUUCAUUAAAGUGACCAAACGUAAUCGACGAACGAGAUUCCAACACGUUCAGUUUACAGUUUUCUUUAUUUCCUGGUUCGUCUGAAGUGAACUGAUCGAACAGCUGGACUCACGCUAGAUGUGGGCGUGUCCAACACUUGGUGCUGACAGUCGCCACGACAUCACUGUCUUUUGUGCAAACGUGUCAUGUUAACCAUCAAUACAAUGAAGAGAAGCGCACGAGAAACAGAGACCAACACGCCAUGUUCACCUGCUGGCUCCGCCUCCUCCACAUUAACAUGAUUCAAUUGGCUGGUGCCGCCGCAAGUCAAGUAACGGAACCGUGAUGCAAAUCAGUAACGGAUGACGUCAUCACAUCCAAAGCGAGGGCGCAGUGUUUCAGUUCUAUUUCCCUUCAGGUGUCAAAACUGUAGAUUUGUUUGUUAAGAUGAGAAAUGUUGUUGAAUAAUCUGCAAUAAAGUGUGUAUGAAAAAAAAAAA